AUUUUUACAUUAGAAAAGAAAGCUGGCUUUUCUUAACCAAGAAGGGUAGAAUUGUAAAUUGGGCCGGGCCGGAAGCGGAGAUCUUUGUAUAUUCUGCGCAAUAGCUUUUUGAGCUUUGACCGGCGUUCGUAGCUUUGCUAGUGUGAUCGGCGUUUUUACUACUUGGGAAGAUCUUGAGGGAUCUUUUUUGUUUUUUAACUUUUGUUGUCUGUAUUGCCUGCUGCCAUCUAGAAUCAUGUUUCCAGGAAUGGAUUUGACCACGAUGGACCCAGCAACUCUCACUCUGCUUGGAGCAGCUUGUUGCGUGAUGCUGACAAUGCAUUUCACCGUACAGCUACUGUCACAGCAUCUAUUUUAUUGGAAGAACCCCAAGGAACAGAAGGCUAUUAUCGUCAUAAUACUCAUGGCUCCUCUGUAUGCUAUUGAUUCCUUUGUUGGUUUGCUCGAUAUCCAGGGAAGUAAAGCUUUCUUCACAUUCUUGGACUCGGUUAAGGAAUGUUAUGAAGCAUUGGUGAUUGCAAAAUUCUUGGCAUUGAUGUAUAGUUACCUCAAUAUCUCUAUCAGUAAGAACAUAGUGCCCGAUGAAAUUAAAGGAAGAGAGAUACAUCACUCAUUUCCCGUUUCACUUUUCAUGCCGCCAAAGGUGAAGCUAGAUCAUAGCACGCUGAAGCUUCUGAAGUCCUGGACAUGGCAAUUUGUGGUGAUUAGGCCAGUCUUGUCCAUUUUGAUGAUUUUAUUUGAGCUAAUUGGUGUUUAUCCCAGCUGGCUUAGUUGGACGUUCACCAUCAUAUUGAAUAUCUCUGUUUCAAUGGCGCUAUAUGCUCUUGUGCUCUUUUACCAUGUGUUUGCGAAGGAGUUAGCACCUCACAAACCUCUGGCGAAGUUCCUGUGCAUCAAAGGAAUUGUUUUCUUCAGUUUUUGGCAGGGGCUAGUACUUGAUGCCUUAGUUUCUGCGGGAGUUAUCAAAUCCCAUCAUAUCUGGUUGGAUGUAGAGCAUAUUCAGGAAGCCAUACAGAAUAUUUUGAUAAUUCUUGAGAUGGUAGUCUUCUCAGUGAUCCAACAAUAUGCAUUCAAUGUUGUUCCAUACACUGGCGUCGAUUCCGGAAAGACCAAGAAAGAUAAGAAGAAUGAGUAAUCCUUCAACAAAAUUAUCCUUCCUGGUUCCACUUUUCGCAACUUUCAACAAUAAAAUAACAUUACAAGCUAUACAACAAGCUUUGUUUUCCACUAUUUCUGUUGAGAGAGAGAGAGAGAGAGAGAGGGCGAUUAUUCAUGUAGGCUUGUAGUAAAUGGAGCUUAUAUUGGCUUGUGAAAAUGGCCUUUGUAGUCAUUAUUGAAGCCUCUGCCAUUAUAGUUUGAGCAGAGCUUGUAAUGUUAGAUGUUAUUUGAAUUUCAAUAUUGCUUAGUUUAAUGCUUGCUUUAUCUUCA